AUGGCGGGAUCGACGUGGGUCCAACGGCUUGAGAGUCUCGAUUGCCCUUAUGUUGAAGAUGUCGACGAAUCAUGGGUGACCGAGUUGAUUUUUAAACCGGGAGAAGCUAGAAUACGCUUACUGCAAUGGCUGUUUGCUAGAUUAGAACCUAGUAUUGAAGAAAUAUUAGAUAACCAAACAAUACAAGCUUCUGGUCGAGGCGAUUCUAGGCUACAAACAUUGCUGUUUAUUGCUUCAUCUCUGGGCUUAUGUGCAACACACGAUAUAGAGUUGAUUAAAGGGACAUGCCCAGCUUCUAAGCAGAAAAUCUUUAUGAAUACUUUAAUCGAUGUCGUUUGUGCUAUUGAUCAGAGUCAGAAAAUGGGAAGCGGUCAUCUGGAAAAGAAAUUCACUAGCAAUUGUUUACUUAUGGAUAAAAUAUGCCAUCAAGAAAAUUUACAGCAGGUCUUUCUAACCAAUAUUAAUCUUUUCCCCUAUGAUCUAACUAAUAUUACAAGGGGAAGUGAAAGUGCAUCAGUAACGGAAAAAGAUUAUAAAGAUUUGUUGGACUCUGCCAGCAGUAUCGCUGAUCAACUGGUUGAAAGGCAAAAUCAGCUUGCUGAUUUGAAAAGCAGCUAUUCCCCAUGUGAAUACGACAUGAAUAAGAUUAGGCCAAUUUUGCGCCGGCUUAAGUUAACCUUGUCAACGUUAGCUCAAAUUAUGGCGGGUUUCUCCCACUGUUAUGAAACAGAAAUUAAAACUUGGUGCCAAAAGCCCUCGCCAAGAUUGUCAGCUCUAGGACUUGUAGUGAAACGUGUCGAUAGCUUAUUAGCUCACUUCUCUCAAACAUUGCAAGGUAUUGCUACCAUUAAAGGAUCUUACGAAAAAUUGGGUAACGAUUUUAUGACGCAAACUGAUGAAGCUUUAUCAGAAGAACAAAUAGCGACUGUUAAAACUUUAGAUGGUGUUAGACGUUCGGUGGAUAUUUUAGAAAAAUCUGUAAGCAGGCUACUUUCUAACUAA